UGACCAGCUGCGCAAUUAAAAAAAAAAAGCAAAGCGGAAGAAGACUAAUCACGUGACUUUGCGGAAGUGGAAGUGUAAACAACAAGAGCGGUGCCUGAGCGACAAUGCUCCGAUUUUUGGCUGUAUUGGUGGUUUUUUUGGGACGCCUGGACAAAAUGUAUGUAUACGGGGCUCAGUCGGAGCCAGAAGCCGUGCAGGGCAGAGCGAGCUGUGGCUGUGAGAGUUUGAAGAGAGACCCCGUUGUAGAGCACAAGACAUCAUCGCAGGAUGCAGCUGUAAAAUAUUCCAAAGGAACAAAUGAGUUGUUUUCUGAUGCAAAUGGAGAGGAGAAGAUACCAAGUAAGAUGGUGCUGAUUUCUGGCGGAGAAUUUCUAAUGGGAACAGACAACCCGGGCAUCCCUGCUGAUGGCGAGGGUCCUCAGAGGCGGGUCCAUGUAGACUCUUUCUACAUGGACAUCCAGGAAGUCACCAACCGACAGUUCCAGAGCUUUGUCAAUGCCACUGGCUACGUGACCGAGGCAGAGAAGUUUGGGGAUUCGUUUGUUUUUGAAGGAAUUCUGAGUGAGACUGUCAAAAGCCAAAUCACACAAGCGGUGGCUGCUGCCCCCUGGUGGCUCCCAGUGAAUGGUGCCAACUGGAGACACCCAGAGGGUUCUGACAGUGAUAUCAAAGACAGACUGGAUCAUCCUGUUAUUCAUGUGUCUUGGGCGGACGCUGUUACCUACUGUACCUGGGUCAGCAAGAGGCUUCCCACAGAAGCAGAGUGGGAGUACGCCUGUAGAGGCAAUUUAAGAGACAGACUUUACCCAUGGGGAAAUCUGCUGAACCCAAAGGGGCAACACUUCGCCAACCUCUGGCAGGGGGACUUCCCCCAACAUAAUUCUGCAGAAGAUGGAUAUGUCAAAACCUCACCGGUGAUGUCUUUUCCCGCCAAUUCUUUUGGUGUGUUUGACAUGGUGGGGAAUGCGUGGGAAUGGACGUCAGACUGGUGGACAGUGCAUCACUCCGCAGAGCAACAAAAUAACCCGACAGGUCCUCUAUCAGGCACUGACAAAGUAAAAAAGGGAGGGUCAUACAUGUGUCACAAGUCAUACUGUUACCGGUACCGCUGUGCGGCUCGGAGCCAGAACACGCCGGACAGCUCCGCCUCCAAUCUUGGUUUUCGUUGCGUCUCUCCACAGCCACAUUGACUCACACUUGGGUCACAGGGUUUGUAAUGUUACGUCCAUCUCCUUGGCCUGAAUGUAUGCACUGCUUUAUUGCAGACACAUGACUUUUUAAUUACAAUAAGUCAGUAUUUCUCUUUCAUUUUUGUUUGAAAUGAAUGAAAAUAAUUUUUUAGCAGAGUCCACGAAACAAUUACAGGCCUCGAAUUUUAACUUUGUAAGGUCAAGGCGAGUGUUUCCUUAAAGGAGGACUCAUAUUUUAGGGCACCAAGGCAAACAUUAUUUUCUUUCAAGGCAGGAGAUAUAUAUAUGUGUGUGUAUAUAUAUAUAUAUACCGUAUUUUUCGGACUACAAGUCGCAGUUUUUUUCAUAGUUUGGCCGGGGGUGCGACUUAUACUCAGGAGCGACUUAUGUGUGAAAUUAUUAACACAUUACCGUAAAAUAUCAAAUAAUAAUAUUUAGCUCAUUCACGUAAGAGACUAGACGUAUAAGAUUACAUGGGAUUUAGCGAUUAGGAGUGACAGAUUGUUUGGUAAACGUAUAGCAUGUUCUAUAAGUUAUAGUUAUUUGAAUGACUCUUACCAUAAUAUGUUAAGUUAACAUACCAGGCACGUUCUCAGUUGGUUAUUUAUGCCUCAUAUAACAUACACUUAUUCAGCCUGUUGUUCACUAUUCUGUAUUUAUUUUAAAUUGCCUUUCAAAUGUCUAUUCUUGGUGUUGGGUUUUAUGAAAUAAAUUUCCCCCAAAAAUGCGACUUAUACUCCAGUGUGACUUAUAUAUGUUUUUUUUCUUCUUUAUUAUGCAUUUUCGGCCGGUACGACUUAUACGCCGGAGCGACUUAUACUCCAAAAAAUACGGUAUACAUAUAUAUAUAUAUAU